UGUUGUUCAGCUUUAGAACGACGCCGUUUCUGUCUCACCAAAAUCGAUCCUUAUCCUCCGGCUGAAGGAAUCCGUCGCCCACUUUCAGCCGAUCGUCGUCGCAAUCCCACUGGUCAUUCUCAUCGCAAAUCUAGCUCAAAACCAGAAGAAUCCAUGGACUCGGUUGUCGCGAGAAAGAUGCAGAAGGCUGACAGGGAGAAGUUGAGGAGGGAAAAACUGAAUGAGCAUUUCGUUCAACUGGGAAAUGUACUUGAUCCAGACAGACCCAAAAAUGACAAAGGCACAAUUCUGACAGAUACGAUUCAGUUGUUGAAGGAGCUUACAUCAGAAGUCAACAAGCUCAAAUCUGAAUACACUGCAUUGACCGAGGAGUCCCGUGAGUUGACACAGGAGAAAAAUGACCUGAGAGAAGAGAAGGCGUCACUGAAGUCAGAUAUAGAGAAUCUCAACAUCCAGUACCAGCAGAGGCUAAGGGCAAUGAGCCCUUGGGCAGCUGCGAUGGACCACACCGUCAUGAUGGCCCCACCACCGCCAUCCUUUCCAUAUCCAAUGCCUAUGGCUAUGCCUCCCGGCUCAAUUCCGCUGCAUCCAUCGAUGCAGCCAUACACAUUCUUUGGAAACCAGAACCCUGGUGUUAUCCCGGCGCCCUGCCCCACCUACAUGCCGUAUAUGCCCCCGAACACGGUGGUUGAACAGCAGUCAGUGCAUGUACCACAAAACCCGCAGGCAGUGAACUCAUCACGGGAAGGUGGAACCAAUCUGUCGAGAGAGAGCAAAGCCAAGAACGCUGAGGAUUCUAAUGACGUCGCAACUGAACUUGAGUUAAAGACUCCUGGUUCUACCUCUGAUAAGGAUUCGACAAAGCAGAGAAAGACGAAAAGAAAUGGCAAGAGAAACUGCAGCACGAGAGAAGAAAGCUCGUCAUCUAGCAAAUGUUCAUCGUGCCCUAGCGGGCGAGACAGUUCAUCCGGUAGCGUAGCUGGUGGACAAAAUCCUGACGGUGCAGAAGCCUAAAAGAAGUGAUGACAAAUCUCGAUUUGGAUUGGGUUUCAUAAUACGAGUAGGAACCGAGCCGGGACAUUGCUAGUGUGGUUUUGGUCUAAACCACUGAGUCUUACUGUCAAGACAUACCAUUUAUGGAAUAUAAACGGUAGGAGGGGAUCCAGUUCAAGUGUAUAGUAAGAAGCCUUUUCUUCUUUUUUUUACAGAGCAAGUGAUGGAUUGAAAUCUUCAUCUUUAUCCUAUAACGAGAGUUGGAACAUAGAA